AUGGCGGACGACUACAUCGUCGAGCUGGUGAGGAGGCUCAAACUGCACGCCGAUGAGGACACCGUGGUGGCCGCCGCGGAACAGCUCGGCGUAUUCGACGUUGAAUCAGUAGCUAUCUCCACGGAGGAGGACUGGAUGGAGCUCGGGGUGCCUAAGCUAAAGGCGAGGCGCCUCAUCCAAGAAGCAGCGCGGGAGCAGAAGAAGUGCACCCCGUUCGGCGAAUCGGACGAGUUCACCGUCGAUGGACUGAUGAAGCGGGUGGCAGAUCCCGCAGUCAACGUCAUCGAUUUCCUCGGCCGGGAGCUCGUCGGAAGCGGCCAGUCCAUCAAGGUGAUCCGUCCCGGCGUGGUCCUCAAGAACGGCGCUCUCAGGAACGUCCAGCUGCGGGUGACGGACGGGGCGAACGGCUGCGCCAUUGAGCACGUGGAUGUUCGCAGCUUCUCCGGUAACGAGACGAGUGUCGAGAUCCGCGGUGCCAAGGGCGUGACAAUCAGGAAGUGCACCAUCAAGGGGAACUCCAGCACUGGCCUGAGCGCUCUGGCCGGCGCCGAGGUGCGCUGCUCAUCCAUUGACGCCGCGCAGGCGGAGGUGUACCGGAAAUACCGCGCUCUGCUCGCGUGCUGA